GUACAGGCGGCAAGAAAAGGGAACACAUCUGCCAUGUCCCGGGAUGUGGCAAGCUGUAUGCCAAGACGUCCCACCUGAAGGCACAUCUGCUUUCACACAGCGGAGAGCGGCCUUUCGUGUGUCAGUGGAUGUACUGCGACAAGGCGUUCACUCGCUCCGAUGAACUCCAGCGUCACCUCAGAACGCACACGGGCGAAAAACGUUUCCAGUGUGGCGAGUGCGGAAAACGUUUCAUGCGAUCCGACCACUACAACAAGCACGUCAAGACUCACCAGAACCGACGCGCCCGUCUUGCCCCUGCUUCUCCUGCCGAAGGUGAUCACGUCGACGUCGAGUUGUGCGAUGAAGUUGCCGGCGAUUCACGCGGGGACUUUGGCUCCUUCGCAUUGCCAGAUUCUCCCGUUUCUGAAGCAGAUUUGUAGGAGUCUGAUUUGGA